GCCACUGUCCACGUAUCUCGUGGCCUCCGGUUCACUCGGUCACGCUGAAGAAACGCCGGAAUUUCCUCCCACGCUGUGUCGUCAACGCCUUCGGACUGUGACGACAGCGCCACCGAAACUUUGAGGAUCGCUCACCUGAAGGCUCCGUGAGGACGGAGCCGGAUCCCGGACCUGCAGCACCGAGCGGGUCCCGCUGCGGCCCCACGCACCGUAAAUGACGCGAACCAGCGGCGUUUUGGCCGUUAUUGAACUUUUGAAGCGCGACUGAGACGUUUACGGAGCAGCGGACGUUGCGCGUUCCUUCCAAUAAUCAACAGACACUUCCGGAUCGGGGGCGUCGGGAUAACACGCAUAAUUCCGUUUGUCAGGUGAAACAGAAGCGGAAUGGAGCUGCAGGACAUUAAAAUCAGCGGGAACGACGGACCAGCGUCUUCACAGGCAACGGAUCACGUGGACGGCACCGCCAAACGGACCGGAGCCUCAGAGAGAGAAGCGCUGCUCUCACAACAGGCUCAUGGUAAUAAUGCAGAGAUGCUGCUUUCUGCCGAGGCAGCGGCCCGUCGGCCUUUGGCAAAAGCAAACGCCAUAGAGACCAGCUGCUCGGGCCGAGUGAAGAGGGAGAUGGACACGGUCCUCUGCUCCAGGGUCAGACUUUGGAUGGUCGUCCUCGGCAUCAUGGUCCUCAUCAUCGCUGUGAUAAGUAUCGCAGUCAUCGUGUGUUCAGCGAUGCGCGAGGACGAGGACGACAAGUUCGACCCGUCGCUGUUCACGGUCCCUCUGUAUUUCAGAGGGAGCUUCAAACUCCCCAAUCUGGACCUCUCACACCUGGUUCAGUCUAAUUCAAGUAAACAGCUCGCUGAAGACCUUGAAGGCAUGAUCACCAGCCUCUUCCAGUCCUCUCCCGCUCUGGGACGAUACUUCUCCGGAGUCCAGAUAAAUUAUCUCGGGAACGGCUCGGUAAUCGUCAACUACCAGCUGCGUUUCCUGAUGCCAGAGGACGAGCAGGAGCAGCUGACACGGUUCACUCUGAGCAGGGACACGGCCUGCAGCGUCUUCAGGCAGUUCCUGUACGAGCAGGAGCCCCGCGAGUCUGAGCGCCUGUACAUCGAGCCAGCUUCACUCAGCAUGUCCUGAGCCGACACCGCGAACCGGUGCUUCUGGUUCUGUGAGAACGAAACCGGCUCCAGGAAUGCGCUGCAGCGAGGACUUCACACACAGCUGGGAUUCUCCCAUGACACUGCAUAGGGUGCACGUCUAACCCCAGAGGCCCCCCCCACACACACACACACACACACACACACACACACACACACACACACACACACUAUGUGGUAGGUGUAUAUAUUUGCCCUCUAUAUGUGAGAUUACUAUGCAUGUAUACUCAGUGCUGUAUAUUUCUGUAUGUAUUUAUAUCAAUUUGAAUAAUAACGUUUUAUUUUUAUAGCAACUUAUAAAUGGCACAAGACUCAGGUUGAUGGAGUAGUUUUAAAAUAAAAUCCAGAUGUUUCUACGUC